ACGAAAAAUAGUAUCUGAUACAGUGAUAAAUAUACAUAAUUUUUCAAACCAAAGUUAAAACUCAAACUGUCAAACGUCAAUAUUUACUAUUUAUCAUUGUAGUCAAACGAAACUUUUAAAAAUAUGUAUAGAGAUAAUGACACAUAAUAGUUUAAGUAAGGCACUGUAUACAACUUUAUUGUGCCGUAUUUAAAGCUUAGAAUUUUAGUAAUUACCAUCCAAGCUAGGAGUAUUGUGGUGUGUUAUUUUCUUGCUGCAUAAAGUAUUCUUUAAUUCCACUACUCCCAGAUUAUAGUAUGCAAAGUGUAUGGAAAGGAAAUUGAGUUUGUCAUCAAAAUUUAAAACAAGCUGUCUUAUGGAUUUCUCUAGUGUUGAAUAUUAUAUCAUUUUGUGUGUCUUGAUUGUUCCAGUCUAUUAUUUUUUUCAACUUUGGGCAUGGCUAGGAUGGGAAUUGUUUAAGAAUAAUUAACCAUCAAAAAUAAAAUAAAAAAAUAAUCAAACACAAUGUCUACUAUAUGCAGUUCAAAAGUUCUAAAUACUUUAAACGAAGAAAAAGACAACUCAAGUUUGUUUGAUAAAGGAAAUUCUGUGUAUUCCAUUUACAACCGAUCAGAUGUUGUAGACAGAGAAAAAAAUAUUCCAAACAUUUUUAUAACACCAGAAUUUAAUCAAUUGGAUGGUGUUUUGUACCCGCCGAGUAUAAUAAACAGAGAAAAAACCAUUCCCAAUAUAUUUAAUUUCAAUCCAUUUCAAGAGGACUCUACAAAUACUUUCAGUUAUACAGAUAAACUCAUCUAUCCUAAUUUAUUUACCUUGGACAAGAUAUAUUCAGGACCUUGUGGUUAUAAAAAUGAUAUCUGGGAAAAAUAUUGUAAUUAUACAAGUGUAUUUAGUCUAUCAGAUUUACAGCACACUGAUUGUGCACAACGUUUAGCAAUUAAUAAUUGGGGUAAUGAAAAAAAAGAAAAAAAAUGUGCAGAUGAUACAUUUUCACAUGAAUCUAAGGAGAUUUUUAUUGACUCUAAUAAUUUGGAAGUAAAUGAAUCAAAGACAAUUGAACAAUUUUCCAUCCCAGGAGAAGAAAAGAUAAGUUCUGCUCUAUGUUUUUGGUACAUUGCUACGGGAUUAAAUGUGAGAGAUCAUAACUUAAAAACAUAUUUCCCUCAAAGAGAAAUUAGUAGCAUAUGUAUCAUGCAAGAUAUUAAACUAAUGUUGAUCAAUAUGGGCACAACUUAUUUUAUUGUAGAUGAAGAAACACUUAUGUACAAACGAAAUGGAAACAUUAGUAUUAAUGGCUUAACACCAGAAAUGUUUGAAUCUGCCACUGAUCCAAUUUUGGAGUGUUCUAAUUUAUACAAAAUUAUCAGUAGCACAAUAGUCAAAUGGAAGAAAAUAUGUGACAAUAGUAUUAUUAAAGCUUUCAUAUUUUCAGUAUCUAAUAUAUUGGAUGAUUAUGAACGAUCAAUUUAUGCUGUAUCAAACGAAUCUUUGUUGUCACUUGUUGGUCGUUUAUCUGUUAUAACACCUCGCUUACAGUUGUUAGCAAAUAUAUGUUGUAUAAAAACACAGGAUUGCAUGGUCAUCCCAGAUAAUAUACCUUGUGGUAUACAAUUGUUGAACAAAAUUCAUGGUUAUUUGCUUGAAUAUCGAUUCCCGAAUGAUUUAUUUCUAAAGAUGUUGUUAUACAUUUUUGAAUCAUGCUGUUUAGCUUAUUUCAAAUUUUUAUCGAAUUGGGCAUUAAGAGGGGUGUUAAAUAAUGAAGAAGCUGGCAUGUUCAUUCAAGUAAAACCAGAUAUUGACGAUGAAGAUAUUGAUAGCCGUAUAAGUUGGAAUCGUUUUAUAAUAGAUGAGAGUGUAGAAGUUCCAUUGUUUUUAAAUAAAUACAAAAAUGAUAUUUUACAUUGUGGAAAAACUAUAAAUUUCUUCAAAAAAUUCAACGACUUAAAUGUGUUUUUACCUAAUUUAAUUUGUUGUUUCGAUGCUGUUGAUUCCCAGAAGGCUUAUAAACAAUUUUCAACUUAUUUCAAGUAUGACCCAGGUUUAAAAAAUGUAAAUUGUGUAAAAAGAAUGUCAAACUGCUAUUUAUAUGAAUCAAUUGUUGGAUCUGAUUGUUUAAAAGACAAUACUGAUAGCUAUCGUAAUACAACUGAUAAUAUAACCAAUGUUACAGACAUCAAAAUAUAUUCUAACGAUGAAAGUUAUGAAUUGUUUCAAAUACCUGAUUGGACUUUAGUUAAUAAUAUAUAUGACUUUAAUAAGCCUUAUGGAUUUUUUUUGGAUCAUAACGAUUCGUUAAUAUAUAAUAGCAACAUUUUUGAUGUUAUGAACAUGAUAGACUAUGUACCACAUUCAAUACUAAUACCUGCUCGCAUUCAAAAGAGUGUUUGUGAUAAGCAAAUAUUGAACAUGUACUUUUACCAAGAAAAACUAAUGGAACAUCUAUAUUACUUAUCUCAGUGCUUCUUUUUGAUGAAUUGGACGUUUUCAUCUAAACUGUGCCAGACACUAUUUGAUGGUAUUGUGACAAACAGACAACAACCAACUAACAUCUUCAAUCCGGUCAAGUUGAAAUCUAUUGUAGAUGAUGCUAUUCAAGAUAGUUUUCCAAGACAUGAACUACAUAAUUUGACAUUGGAGAUGACUUUUAUUCCAAGCCUAAAUGGAUUUAUUGACAUUUCAGAUGUGGAAUGUAUAGAAUUAAAUUAUUCACCUGAGUGGCCAAUGAACAUGAUUCUGUCAACCAAAAUAUUAUUGAAGUAUAGACGAAUUUUCUUGUUUGCCAAUAAAUUAGAAUUUGUGUCAUGGAGUUUGUUAAAAGCCAGGGAAAUAUUGAAUGUAUAUAAAAAUGAUACAGGAUUUCAGUUUAGAAAGAUUAAUCUUUUUAAACAUUGGAUGACUCAAUUUGUAUCAUCUAUUCAGCAGUAUUAUAAGCAAGUGGUAAUUAGCACAUGCUGGUCAGAAUUAAACGAAAACUUUGAAAAUGUAAAAAAUUAUGAUGAUUUAUUUACGUGUCACAAACAAUACAUGCAUAAAAUGAUAAAACGGUGUUUCAUGAUUGUUGGUCUCAAAGAUAAACUCAUUAUGUUGAACAAAAUAUACAUAGAAAUAUUAACUUAUUAUCAAGCAUUAGUGAGUGGUCAAUUUUACUUGAAAAAUACUGAAUGGUUACAUUCAGAGUUCAUCAGUAUGGAACAGUCUUUUUCUCGGUUUUUAAAGCUAAGAGAAAUGUUUUACAUGAGUGUAUUGAAAACUGUGCAAACGCAGGGAAAUCAUUAUGUUGAACAAUUGGAAAGUUUAAUUACGAUACUUGGACCGUUAAAUAAUAAUUUUAUAUGAGUAGUUAUGUUAAUAAGCAACACUUGUAGUUUAGUAUAUUUUCAAAUUGUUAUUAACUUAUCCAUAUUAAAUGUUGUUUUUUUAAUACAGUUAAUGUACUCAUAGUUUUCUAGCAAACAAGCUUCAAUUAAAAUGUUAUCUUUUACUGCAUACACAAAUAUGUUAUACUGAAGACUCACUACUAUAAUGUCAAUAUGUAAUUUAUUGUUAUUUUAAUACUAGUUUUUUGUUUUUUCACUGUAUCAUAAAAUUAUAUAUAUACAUAA